AUGGCCGGUGCCUCAAAUGGUAGUUUUCACAUCUUUCCGGGAGACUUAACAAUCGUUUUAGUUGGUAGCACGGGAAGUGGAAAAAGUGCGACAGGAAAUUCGAUCCUUGGAAAAAAAAAUGCAUUCAAGUCAGUCGCUGCCUUUGGCCGCGUGACAAGUACUACUGAGAGAAAAGCAACCGUGUUAGAAGAUGGUAAGAGAGUUCUCAACGUGAUUGAUACGCCAGGCUUGUUCGAUGGAACUAGUAACCGUGAAGAUAUUGAGAAAGAAAUUGUAAGAUCCAUACAAAUGUCUAUAGAUGGGCUUCAUGCUGUUCUUUUGGUUGUGUCACUGAAAGUUCGGUUCAGUGAGGAACAAGUUGAAACUGUUGAGACCUUGAAGCAUUUGUUUGGAGACAGAAUUCUUGAUUAUAUGAUUGUCACUUUUACUGGUGGUGAUCAACUUGAAGAAGAUGACACAUUGGAUGAGUUCUUGGGCCGUUCGUGUCCACCAGCUUUACAGGAUCUACUUGAAGACUGUGGAAACAGAAAGAUAGUGUUUAAUAACAGAGCAAAGGAUGAGGAGACCAAGGCUCAGCAACGCCAACAACUUCUUCAUUUGAUUGCCAACAUUCUUGUGAAAAAUGGUGGAAAGCCCUACACACAUGAGAUAUAUGAACAAUUCAAGAAGGAAACUGCACAAAGGGUUUUAACGUCUUCAAAAGAGAAAAUUAAUACACCAUCAGAAGACAAGGAGCUGGAGCAACGCCUCGAAAAAAUGGUUAAGGAGAAGAUGUCGGAAUAUGAGGCUACGAUCAAAAAGUACAAAGACGAGGUGGAGAAACUUCAAAAAGAGAAUUAUAAGUGCAAUGCAGAGCUGCAAAGUUGCAAACAUGAACAAGGGCAGCACUGUAGCAAUUGCAAACCUGCAAAAGAGCAUCCAUGUACAUGUUGCCCACCGGUAACUCCGUGUAAGCCGCCAGAGAAACCAGUGACUCCGUGCGUUCCGUGCCAGCCACAACCGGAACCGGUGACUCCGUGCGUUCCAUGCCAGCCGCCACCGAAACCGGUGACUCCGUGCGUUCCAUGCCAGCCGCCACCGAAACCGGUGACUCCAUGCAAGCCGCCAGGGAAACCGGUGACUGAGUGCGUCCCGUGCCAGCCGCGACCGCAGGUGGUAGUUCAGUGUGUGCAGCCGCAGCGGCCACAGGCCUGUAGAGUUGUGAGGAUCACAACGUGCCGGCGGUGCGUUGUGAUGUGA